UCAUAACUGGAACAAGAAGCCCAGUAACAUACUCUGUGGUACCUCUGUGAGUUAGUCGACUAUGAGCUGCUAGUAUAUGGGCCUCACCAUGGACCUGUACAAACUAGCUUUCCUCCUAGGAUUCCUGAUUUGCACUGUUAGUGGUACUGAUGUGGUCGGCUACACCAAAACUGAAGGAGCCUGGAUCCUCUCGCUGCAGCGAAGGCAGUACUCAGUAAACAGUGUGAUUGAAUGUGCCACCAAAUGUAAUGCUGAAAUAUCCUUCACAUGCAAGUCUUUCAUAUUUACUGAAAAGGACCAAGAGUGUUGGACAGCAGCAGCAAAUUCUAAAACAGAGACGAUUCUGCGCAGAACCAGCACAGUUUUAUACGAAAAAGAAGGAUAUCUCCUGGAGUGUGUAAAAGGACUAGGGACAGAUUACAGAGGAACAAAGACUAAAACAAAAACCGGAAAGACAUGUCAGAGAUGGGAAGCAAAAUUCCCACACAGGCCCAAUAUAACACCGCAGACCAAUCUUCUGGCAGAUCUGGAGUCUAACUUCUGCAGAAACCCUGAUGCAGACACCGGGGGACCCUGGUGUUACACCACCGACCCCAACACCCGCUGGGAACACUGCAAUGUACCCAGCUGCACUGAGGAGUGUAUACAUUGCAGUGGUGAGGACUACAGAGGGAAAAUCUCAACGACGGAAAACGGCUUCACCUGCCAACGCUGGGACUCCCAGAAACCUCACAACCAUGGCUACAUCCCCAGCGUUCUUCCAGAGAAGUACCUUGAGGAUAACUACUGCAGAAACCCAGAUGGAGACCCCCGACCGUGGUGCUUCACCACCAGCCCAUCCAAACGAUGGGACUUCUGCUCCAUACCCCGCUGCACAUCCGAGCCUCCCACCAUCGUCCCAGAGCUGACCUGUGCCACCGGUGAAGGUGGAGCAUACCGCGGCACGAUCGCUGUGACAGAGUCUGGCAAAACCUGCCAGAGCUGGUCUUCUCAGACUCCACACAAACACAACCGCUCGCCAGAAAACUACCCCUGCAAAGGCCUCGAUAACAACUAUUGUCGAAACCCUGACAAUGAGAGGAUGCCCUGGUGUUACACCACUGACCCUGAAACUCGCUGGGAGUACUGCAAAGUGCCGAGAUGUGGGGAUGCAGUCAGACAAGAAGAGACAUCGAAUCCUCCAGAGGUGGAAGAGGAGGAAGAAGCGUGUUUUGAGGGGGAUGGGUCGAGUUACCGUGGCGUAACAUCAGAGACCGUCAGUGGAAAAAGAUGUCAAGCCUGGAGCUCCAUGACUCCUCACAGCCAUCAGAAAACUCCACAGAACUUCCCCAAAGCGGACCUCAGGAGGAAUCUGUGCAGGAACCCUGACGGAGACCGAGCUCCCUGGUGUUACACUACAGACCCCGGAGUACGCUGGGAGUACUGCAAAUUGGAGAAAUGCCCCACCAAUCCUGUGGGAGCUGUACCUACCAAUCCUUCUCAACCCCAGGCCCCCUCCACCGCCACCCAGACACCACCAGAGACAGACUGUAAGAUUGGAAAUGGAGAUACAUACCGGGGUCCAACCUCCAUCACUAUUCUGGGUGUGACCUGCCAGGCCUGGAGUGCUCAGAGCCCUCACCAACAUAACAGCUUCACCCCACAAAGUCACCCCACCAAGGGUCUGGAGGGCAAUAGUUGCAGAAACCCAGACAGCGAUGUGAACGGACCGUGGUGCUACACUACCGACAUUAACAAGAAAUGGGACUACUGUCAGAUCCCUGACUGUGCUGGACUGAAGUGUGGGAACCCAGUCAACAAACCAAGGCGUUGUUUUAGUCGGAUUGUGGGAGGCUGCGAGUCUAAAGCUCACUCAUGGCCCUGGCAAAUCAGCCUCCGGACCAACACGGGAACUCAUUUCUGUGGAGGAACUUUGAUUGACCCUCAGUGGGUCCUUACUGCUGCGCACUGCCUGGAGAGGUCCAAACGGCCUUCAGCCUACAAGGUAGUCCUGGGUGUCCACACAGAGAGAGCCAAUGAGCCGUCAAAACAAGAAAGGAACCUGGAGAAACUGGUUCUGGGACCCAAUGGAGCUGACAUCGCUCUGCUCAAACUGCAGAGCCCUGCACUAAUAAAUGACAAAGUCUUGCCAGCUUGUUUGCCAGAGAAGGACUACAUUGUUCCCAGUGGAACCGAGUGUUAUGUUACUGGAUGGGGUGAAACUCAAGGUACCGGAGGAGAAGGCGUCCUGAAGGAAGCUGGUUUCCCUGUGAUCGAGAACAAGAUCUGUAAUCGUCCAUCGUACCUGAACGGCAGAGUCAAAGACCACGAGAUGUGUGCUGGAAAUAUCGAGGGAGGAACAGACAGCUGCCAGGGUGACAGUGGUGGUCCCUUGGUGUGUAAUUCCCAGAACAGCUAUAUCCUGCAGGGUGUGACAUCAUGGGGUCUGGGAUGCGCCAAUGCCAUGAAACCCGGCGUCUACGCCCGAGUCUCCAAGUUUGUCGACUGGAUCGACAGAACAAUCAAAGCUAACUGAAAACUUUCCACCUUGAACAAAUUCAGUCGCUUCAAAUGUGAUCCCUUGUAGAAAGUGACUGUUUAUCGUGCUUUUUGAAGAUACUUUAACAUGUGUGUACUGUUCUGCUCCAACAUGACUGUUGUGAAGUUUGUAGCCUGGUAUUAUCUCAUGUAAAGUAUUAUCUCAGUUUCCUGUGGUGGAAACACAAUAAAGAGAUCAUAUUCCUGGUUUGGGGAUGUAAAGGUAUAUUUUCGGUGUGUGUUCUUCUGAGCUGAAAAAUAAAACUUAAAUCAAA